GUCAGUUACACUUCAUGUCUAGCCUGUCUUAGUGGGUAGACUGAGGACUCUAUCGAGAACUUGAUUUCACUCUUCAUUUUGGGAGAUACGUGUACAUGAAUAAUCUUUUAUGAAGAACGUGGGCAUGGAGACCCUGACCGAGCUGAAGCCGGACGGCAAGAUGCCACAGAGGGUGCUCUUCACCUACUACCAGGGUGACAUCAACGCUGUAGUCGACGAGCACUUCACGCGCGCCCUCAAGAAGGUCAGCGUUCCCACAGAUCUCAGCACCAAGACCAUCACCACCACCAGCAGCAGCAGUAGUAGUAGCACACAGAACACACACAUCAGCAGACAGCACCACGGUAACAGCAAACCUCGAGGCAAGAACAGGGCCAUCAAAGCAGAGCCCCCUGCCUUAGCAUCCUGGGGCCAGCCCGGUGCAGAGUGGUCCAAGGGCUCCUACCCGUGUGGCCCCGUAGGCCCUCUGGGCUCCUUCCCGACAGCCGAGGGUCAUCCAGCGGUGGCCUCCCAGGGCGUGAUCAUGGGCCCCGGGGGCUUGGCCUCCUCCGUCUGGGGGUACCACCCCAGGCCCAGUGGCGCCGGCUUUGACCUGGCCCCGAUGCUCUACCCUCCACCAGCGGGCACAGCAGCGGACGCGGCGGCCUCCUCCAGCUCCUUCCUCAGCCUGCUGCACAUGGAUCGCCCAGCAGGGGGCGUAGUGAUGGCUCCGAAGGUGGAGGGCGCCGAGUGGGACUCAGCAGCCGCCUUCAGGGACAUGGUGGGCAGCAGGAUGGGACUAGAUUCAGGUGACCAGGCAGCAGAAAAGGGCAAGAAUUUGUAUUGGUACUGAAAGAGUACCGACCCCACCUCCAUUUCCAAUACAUGGAGAGAGAUUUUGCUUUGAUGCUAAAAGCUAUGAGCAGUUCUCAACCACAAUCAGAUACACACCCCACUCACUGGCCAUUUGCCUCAGCUACACGGAGAAUCAAGCACAAAGAACUGACUGACACACACACACACACACACACACACACACACACACAGGGGCGCUGCCAGAAAUGUUGGGCCCCAUGAAAGAUUCGAAUUUUGGGCCCCCUUAAGGGCCCCUCUCAGUGCUUGGGCCCCCUUAAGGGCUCCUAUCAGUGCUUGGGCCCUUAGAAUCUGUACCACUUUUCCCCCCCUAGCGGCCCCCAUGCACACACACACACACACACACACACACACACACACACACACACACACACACACACACACACACACACACACACACACACACACACACACACACACAUACAAGAACACAACACGCACAAAGAAAGACUCGAUCGAUCCGUAUAGUUUGUGUGUGUUUAAGUGUGUCUCUCCAGCCACUUAUUGCACACAACAGAGACACUCUGUGCUCUAUGGAAAAACCAGUUUGGAGAGUUUCUCUCUGCUCUGCUUGGCGCCAACGGCUCUGGCCAUGUGCCUCAGAGGCAAGGAGUCCCCCUGGAGGCAGCCUGGAGGCACUGCAUUGGACUUCGUCAUGAACCUGCUGAGAAGAAUAUGCACGGACUUGUAAUCUGCAAUGAUUGUAUAUCAGUUCAGCGGUUACUGAGAAGAAUUCUCACAAAAAUGUGGAUUUACAGUGCAUGUGGAGUUUAUGUCAUAGACUGUAUAUAAUAACAGUUUAUGAUAUAUGCUAUGUAUUAAGUUUAUUUUGGCACACUCUUACUCAUUGUUUCAGACAAAAAUGUAUGAUAGUAGUAACUUUGAAAGUAGCUUCAUGUCUUCAUUAUACAAGGUGUGGCAUAUUUCUGUUUUGUCUACAUGUUCUGAAAGAAUGGCACAUGACUUUUUUAAAUCUGUCUAAAGCAAAUGAGUGCAACCUGGCCCAGGAAGCAGACUUCUGUAGGCCUAUACAUGAACUACAUUUUAUCUGCGUAUUUUCUGAAUCUUUUUUAAGCACACAGAUCAUUCCGGUAGAUCAAUUGCCCAAUUGUCAAAUCUAUGUUAAUACUGUGUGUCUUGCACAGACGGACAUGAAGACUACAUGAGUAGGGUACUGCUUCCUGAAGAUUAGAUUGACUAGCCUACAGAGAUUAGGAGGAAUAAGCCCAUACAUGUGUCAUCAUGCCUAUAUAUAAUGUCUGCCACAGUAAUGUUACUUACAGUGACAUAUUGAGUUUUUAAUCCUUACUUUACUGUUUACUGAUGGAUAUGUAAAACGCACACUAUUUAAGUUUAAUGUGAAGAACAAAGUUGUCUUUAUUUGCUUUUUUAUAAUAGGUAAAUGUUUACGAUACACACACCCCCCCAAAUCCUACCUUCGUUACGUGUAGGGUAUAGUUAACGUUGUUAAUAUUUUUAUGUACCUUUUCCACAACACAACAUCUUAGGAUCUUUGGCAGUAAAGACAAGUGAUAAUAAAAUAGUGGUAAAAUUCAAGACAAUAUCCAUUUCCCCAGGGUUAUUUAGCUAAAACAUCACUUAUUUAAAAAUAUUCACAUUGAUUGAGGAAUGUCUGUAUAUCAUCUGUCGUCUGAUCAACUUUCUCCAAAGCCAACAAAGGAAACAACAAAUUUGAUAAGCCUUGAUUUUGUGAACAUAUUCAGGGGUAAAAGACUCAAUUUCAAGAUUGUUGCCCGAGUAAAAAAAUAUAUAUAAUUGU